ACAAAUCCAUGAUGGGAGACCUUUGACCCAAGGUAACAGCAACAGCCAUUUCAGGUUCUCAAACCGGCAAUUGGUUUCCAGUUGAAUCAGUCUCUGACUGACUGCCUGACAUUAUGGCCACUGCAGCACCUGUGACAGAUGAUGUGAAACACCUGAAGAGGAAGAGCAGCUAUGAAUGGCUGCCACCUUACAUGUCUGAGCUGAGGGUUGUUCUGCUGGGGAACAGCUGGUCUCAGAGGAGUUCAGUGGGGAACGUCAUACUGGGAAAAACUAAGUUCAACACUGAAGAAGAACCAGACUGCUGUCUGACAGAAAGAGGACAGAUAAAGGACAAAGAAAUAGUUCUGAUCAACACUCCAGAUCUGCUGCAUCUCAACAUCUCUGGAAACAAACUGUCAGAACAUGUAGAAGACUGUGUGAGACUCUCUGAUCCUGGACCUCAUGUGUUCCUGCUGGUUCUACAGCCUGAAGACUUCACUGAGAAACACAAACUGAGACUCUGCAGAGUCCUGAAACUCUUCAGUGAUCAAUCAUUUGAUCAUUCAUUGAUACUGAUAUCAACACCCAGAGAGGAGAGCUCAGGUUUCAAAGAUGAACCAGACCAGCCCUUAAAAGACAUGAUCAGAAUGUGUAGAUACAGAUACCUGAAGCAGAAGAACCUUGAACGUCCAGAGCUGUUAACACGAUUGGGUCAAACUGCAAAGGAGAACAAUGGAGAGCAU